AUGAACCUGCCGAAGUAUGAGAAUAAACCUUUCAAACCCCCAAGAAAACUGGGUACCAAUGUAAACGAGAAACGUGUACGUUCAACAGUAGUUAAAGAACAGUCUCCUAAGAAGAAACUGAAUAUCUCAACAACGAACAAGAAAUACUUCACUACAAUGUACAGAAAACAAACUUCAAAGAAACAUAAGACGUGGGAAAAUGACGGUUAUGCCAUCUUGACUAAAACAAAGUUAUCACUUUAUAAUGACAAUGGGAAAUUUAUAUCAAGUGUGACAGUUCAAGGUAUUGAAAAUUCAAUAGAGGAUACAAUAAUAAAAAUAGGCUCAUUAGAAUUCCAAUUGGAUCAUCUCAUCAGUGAUUCUGAAGAAUUAGCAUCUUUCCAUGAAUUGAUUCAACCAUCCAAAUCCAGUCAAACAGCUUCAAGUGAGAUACCGUCGCAGCCAAAGAAAAUUAAACGAUCUACUAUUCCAAUUACUAAACUCUUUCAAAGUAAUAAUUUAUCUACCAAAAAAUCGAAGAAGAGUGUAACAACAAAUUUAGCUAACUCGACCGCUUCAAUGCGUUUCAAACCAAUCUUUGAUGUAUCAACAAUUGAAACACCCAUCAUAAUGAAUAAAUCUCCUAGGGCACAGGUUGACGUAAUAGUAGAUCCAAAAAUUUCUAAAAUAUUGAGGCCGCAUCAAGUAGAAGGAGUCAAAUUUAUGUACGACUGUAUCUUCCAUUUAGAUAGAUCAUCCUCGGUUGAAUCUAACGAGAAAAACCUUGUCUUGAAUGAAAAUUUUGAUUUAAAUGGCUGUAUACUGGCGGAUGAGAUGGGUCUCGGUAAAACUUUAAUGACAAUAAGUUUGAUAUGGACCCUAUUGAAACAAACACCAUAUCCACAACCUGAGAAUUGCUCGCAGAAUGGAAUUACAUUGGUUGGCCAUGUUAAAAAAAUUAUAAUUGUUUGUCCUGUCACCUUGAUAAUGAAUUGGAGAAAUGAAUUUGCUAAGUGGCUAAAUUUAAAUAAGAUCGGAAUUCUUAUACUAAAAUCAUCAAAUUCAACUGAUAUGGAUAAGAAUGCAAUCAAAAAUUUCCUAAAAAUUCAAAAUAUCUAUCAAGUUCUCAUACUUGGUUAUGAAAAAGUACUAUCUGUCUCUCAAGAGUUGAUAUCGUUAAGCUCUAAUAUUGAUUUAAUAGUCUGUGACGAAGGUCACAGGCUUAAAAACACAAAUUCAAAAGUUUUAAACAUCUUAAAGGAGUUAAAUGUUAAAAGUAAAAUCUUAUUAUCGGGCACUCCAAUACAAAACGAUUUGAUAGAGUUCUUCACAAUAAUUGAUUUUAUUAAUCCGGAUAUUAUAGGUAGCUUCAAUCAAUUCAAAAAAAACUACAUCGUACCAAUUACUAAAGCAAGAGAUGUAAAAAAUAAAUUCAAUGAAAAUGUCAUCGAAACAGGUGAAAUAAAAUCACAAGAAUUAAUUGAUUUGACGUCAAAGUUUAUUUUAAGAAGAACAAAUGCAAUCCUGAAUAAAUACCUCCCCCCACGGACCGAUAUCAUCCUCUUUUGCAAGCCUACCAAAGAGCAGUUAACUUCAUUUGACAAUAUUCUUCUUGGUUCUAAUUUGAAUUUCCAAUCGCUUUUGAAUAAUUCGACAAGUUCGUUGGCUCUAAUAACUUUAUUCAAAAAGAUCUGUAAUUCACCCUCAUUAGCUAAUUCCGACCCUUACUACAACAAAUUAAGUUCUAAAGACCAUAAGCAAAUGCCAAGAAGCGUUUCAACCAACUCUGGUAAGUUAAAAGUGUUAGUAUCUUUAGUGAACUCAAUCAAAAAAAUGAAUAAUCCAAUGGAGAAGAUCGUUAUUGUAUCAAACUAUACGCAGACAUUAGACCUAAUUGAAGGAUUGAUAAGUUCACUUGCCUUGACCUUUGUACGCCUUGAUGGAUCUACACCUGUGAAACAAAGAAACUCGAUUGUGUCAUCCUUUAACAAUGACCAAAAUGUCAACGUGUUUCUACUAAGUGCUAAAUCCGGUGGUGUUGGUUUAAAUUUGAUUGGUGGUUCUAGGUUGAUUUUGUUCGACAACGAUUGGAAUCCAUCAGUUGAUCUUCAAGCUAUGUCACGAAUUCAUAGAGAUGGCCAAAAAAAACAUUGCUUCAUCUAUAGAUUAAUUACAACUGGUUGUAUUGAUGAAAAAAUCUUACAAAGACAACUGAUGAAAAAUAAUCUCAGUCUGAAAUUCUUAGACAAUGAUACAAACAAUAACAGCAACAAUAACAAUGACGAUCUGUUCGAUAAAGCUGAUCUGAAAGACUUAUUUACAGUUGUCAAAAACUCUAACUCCAAUACCCACGACUUGAUUUGUUCUUGUAAAGGUGAUGGCCGAACAAUAACUUUUGAUGAGGAAGAUGACAAUAAAGCCUCCGAAGAUAUGCAUAGAUUGGGUACUUGGAACAGUGCCUCUAACGCCCAAAGAAUAAUAGACUCUAUUGACACAGAGAAAAUGAAGCAGAAAUCAAAAUUCAUCAAGAAAUGCCUUCUUGAUUAUAGGCACAUAAAUCCUGUCGAAACGAACGAAUUCUACGAUGAUGCCAUCCAUAAUAAUCUCGAGGAAUUGCGAAACUACAUUUCAUUUGCUUUUGUCAAGAUUGGGACUAAUUCAUCUAUUUAA